AUGAGAUCAAAGACUCAUUUGAUCUCACAGCCAUUCAAGACGGAAAACACGCGCAUAAUCCGCGAGUCCAACAAGAAAUUCCCCCCGCCCAAUGUCAUCUCCUUUGAUUUGUUCGGCACCUUGUACAAGCCGAAAAAACCAGUUCCCGAGCAAUACUACGAUAUAUCGCACGACGAGUUUGGCAUUGCGAAAUCGGCGCAAUCGAUCGAGAAAGACUUUCCGCGAGUCUACUCGCAAUUGCAAAAGGAGUACCCUAACUACGGCAAGGGCCAUCCUCAAUUUGAGCAUUGCGAUGCGUGGUGGCGGGAGCUCAUCUUGCGGUUAUACGGCCUCGAUAAAUACUCCGACGAGACCAAGGCACUCAGUCAUCGGCUAAUCCACCAUUUCACAUCGGAGCAAGCCUACGAUCUCUAUGCGGAUGUUCUUCCCACGCUUGAAACGCUCCAGCUGCACGGGGUCAAGAUGGUGGUGGCGAGCAACUCCGAUCUGCGCGCAUUGACCAUCUUGCAGAGCUUGAACAUCAAGCACUUUUUCCAAUGCGUCGAGAGCUGGCACUGCAGCGGCAUUUUCCUCAGUUACGACUACGACCACGCCAAGCCCGACAAGGCGUUGUUUGACCAAGUUGCCACGAGAAUGUAUCGCAGUGUCAAGGAUCCACAUUUCAGAGGCAAACUGCCGCCAGUGUCGUUUUUGGACGCGUGUUGGCACGUGGGGGACGACCACGACCAGGACUUUGUAGGUGCCAUUCGCGCUGGUUGGAACGGAGUCUUGUUGGACCGCGAGGGGAAGAGCCCGUUGGGUCAAGGGUUGACGCAGCACAAUGGGUGUUUGAUCUUGGCGAAUAAUCGCGUUGUCAUGACGAAUCUUGCCCAGCUUUUGAAUCUCUUUGAGUGGAGAGGAAAGUAA